AGCCGAGAAACGAGACGAAGCAGAAACCGAUCGGUCUUGUUUUUGUCCGUCGUCGCACGCAGCCACUCUGCUGUGAACAUGCGCAUCGAAAAGUGUUAUUUCUGCUCGGGACCAGUGUACCCCGGACAUGGGGCGAUGUUUGUAAGGAACGACUGCAAGACAUUCAGAUUCUGCAGAUCAAAAUGCAUCAGGAACUUCAAGAAGAAGCGUAACCCAAGAAAGACAAGAUGGACCAAAGCGUUCAGGAAGGCCUCAGGAAAGGAGUUGACAGUGGAUAACUCUUUGGAGUUUGAGAAACGCAGAAGUAUCCCUGUUAAAUAUAACCGGGAUCUGUGGGAGAAGACAGUGGAAGCAAUGAAGAGGGUGGAAGAAAUAAAACAGAAACGACAGGCAAGAUUUAUCAUGAACAGAUUAAAGAAGGGCAAACAGUUGGAGAAAGAAGAGGCCAUCACCGAAGUGAAGAAAAAUAUUCACCUUAUCAAAGCUCCACAUGCAGGAAAAGCCAAACAGAUGGAGGCCAAAAUGGUGCAGAAGCUACAAGAAGACGUGGACAUGGGGGAUGAAGAUAAUUAAUCUUAUACCCAUACCCAUUGUUUGUGUAAUGAAACCUGCGAGCAAGUUGACCUUGAAUGAUAUUGUACUUCUGUUUUGGGGAUUAAAAUUUCCAAACGACUGAUGAUGGACACAGUAAUGCAUUCAGUUUAUAAUUGCUGUACAAGGACUGAAAGCAUUGGCCUAACAAGGACCUCCGAAGCAACAAUUAACCACAUCUCUCCCUUUUUUUUUUUUCUAAUUGGUAGUUAUGACUAUAAAAAAUGUACUCUAUCCUGUUGCGUUGUAUAAUGUAUUACAGUAAUGCAGAAAAUGUUAAAAGGAAACGAGCAAACAAUUAAAAAACAUCUUUUCGAA